CACCAUCAUGCUCCCACCCUUGAUCACUCUCGAGGAACACUUCUUCUCCACCGCCGCCUCCUCCUCGGCCACCAUGCAAUCCCAAUACUCUGAACAAUUCAAACACAUUCCCAGCCUAUCCCAAAAGCUCAGCGACCUAUCAACACUCCGGCUCUCAUCCAUGGACGCCGGCCAGGUCUCUUUCCAGAUCAUAUCACACGCACCAGGCUCCCUCACACCCCAGGAAUGCCGCAAAGCAAACGACCAACUCCACUCCGCCAUCCAACACCAACAACACCAGACCCAGCAGCCCAAACGAUUCGCGGGCUUCGCCGUCCUUCCCGUCUCCGACCCUUCGGCCUGCGCGUCCGAACUAACCCGCUGCAUCAAGGAGCUACGCUUCGUCGGCGCCCUGAUUGACAACCACACGGCCCAGGGCACCUACUUCGACGGCGACGACUACUUCCCGCUAUGGUCCGCCGCCGCUCAACUCGACGUCCCGAUCUACUUGCACCCGACAUGGCCCACGGAAACCCAACUCUCGACCUGCUAUACCGGCAACUUCCCCACCUCCGCAUCCAAAUCCAUCUCCGCCAGUGGCUUUGGCUGGCACUCGGACGUCGCAACGCACGUCCUGCGCCUUGUCGCGAGCGGGCUGUUCGACAAACUACCCACCCUCAAAAUCAUCAUCGGUCACAUGGGCGAGAUGCUCCCGUUCAUGUUGGCCAGGAUCGUGCAGCUCUCGCCGCGCUGGGCCAAGCAUCAACGGCCCUUCAAGGAGGUGUGGGACACGAACAUCUGGAUCACCACCAGUGGGAACUGGAGCGUCGAUCCGAUGGCGACGAUACUGCGGAACACGAAAGUCGGUCAUAUUUUGUAUAGCGUCGACUAUCCAUUCGCCAGGAACGAGGAUGGUUUGGAGUUCAUGAGCGACUUGCAGAAGAGUGGCCUUGUUACGGAGGAGGAGCUGGAGAUGAUUGCGCACAAGAAUGCCGAGGCGCUGUUGGGAGUCAAGGCUACUAAGACGUUUGAAUAG